UAAAAUGAUUCAGUCAAUUGAUUGAAUGAUUUAUGCACAUUACAGGUUAAUUUAAUAUGAUGUUUUCAAUUCAGCAUGCUCUGCUAACUGUGAUUUCUAAACAUCUCUGAUCUUUUUUUACAAUCCAUAUACGUACUGAAUUAAUUAAAAGUUCUACAGUGUGACGAGAUCGGCCUGGUGUUUAUAACUAUGGAAAAAUCUCAGAAGCAUUUCAUUGCCGAAUGUCUUGUCUAUUAAUUACUGAGCACGACAUUUAAAUGCGUUUAUUUAAACAAUAAAGAACUUCGUAGCAUCCCAGUUGUUACAACAGAAACGCGCGGAGGGCUGCGCAGGAUUGGAUUAUAAGGGGGGGAGGGGCGAGCUUCUCGCGAGAGGACAGGCCGCGCGGCUCUCGUGCGCUGUUUCCGCUGUAAAUUUUCACAUUCCCGCCAUCGCCGUGCGCCGCACUGUCAACAACGCAUGCCGGCUACGCGGACACCCAUUCCUGCGCGUAUCACGGAAGAGCUGGGUUCCCCUUCUAAAGUUCACGAAGUACCCCGUUUACUUUCCCAAAGAAUCUAUUUCAUACUUGCAUCGUUUAAUGGAUUCAGUUCUGUCACCAAACCCAGGACUGGAAACAUUUCAUUGUGACAACCACCCAUGGCCAGCACAGUGCCCAAGCUCCCCUCUAGUGGUGCCGUUCGCAUCCGUAUUAACAGCUUGGAGCAGGGAACCACGAAGUGGAAAGAGGGCAGCUUCGAGAUUCACGAGAAGGAAAGCAAAGUCAACCUUUGUUUGAAGUUCAGCAGUGGAGGUGCCCCCAAAAUCUUCCAGCUAAACCAAAAUGUGAAGAGUGUGGUGUUGGGACCCAUGCAGAGUCAGAUCCGAAUCGUUGUUACCCUGAAGGACUCCAGUGCUGUUUCCUUCGACAAAGUCCCUGUUGCGUUGGCUCACAAAUUAAAGGAAUACCUGGAGAAACUAAAGCAGGGUAAAUCUACAGUCCUAAAGACAACCCAGGCAAGUGUGAGUUUCGGUAGUGUUCUGGGAAACCGGUCAAUUAAGAAUGACUCCAGCCAACACUUACCAUCCAUGGAUAGACAGACCACACCAAGACGAGCGAGCCUGGAGAAUCGGGAGGAGGGUACCCCUCGCAAGCCCCUGGGCAGCCCCAGCCGCGCAACAGCUGCGCCCAUCCGGAGUGGGCUUUCAGAGAACAGGAGCGAGAAGAGGAAAAGGUUAAUGACACCUGAGAGCGACAUGAACGAGGACUAUCCCAAGGAGAAUGACUCCUCUAGCAAUAACAAGGCCACCUCAGAUCCCUCCCGAAAGUUCCUCCUCAGCUGCAAAGAGAAACUGAAGCAGUCUGAAGAGAACAGGAGCUCAGGUCCAGCACCGCUUCAGCCUUCGUCCUUUUACAGCAGCCGCUCGGUGACAAAAGAAUAUUCACAGAGCCACUCUUACCUGGACAGGUCAGCCAGUGCUAGCCAGUCUCCCUCCUCUAAGAGAAGCCUGCUGUUCCCCAGUCACUCAACCCCCUUUAAGAAAGUACGCCCCACUGUGGACUACACUGGAUGGAACAAGCCAAAACCCCCUUUCCUGACUCCAACACAGGCCCCACUACAGGGAUUCUCCAACCUGGGCAACACCUGCUACAUGAAUGCUAUUCUCCAGUCCCUCUUCAGCCUGCCGUCCUUUUCUAAUGACCUGCUCAAGCAGGGCAUCCCCUGGAAGAAGGUCCCAGCAAAUGCAUUACUCAGGCGAUUUGCACACCUUCUGGCCAAGAAGGACAUCUGCAGCCCAGAGCUAAAGAAAGACCUAUUGAGGAGGGUCAAGAGCUCCAUCUCCUCCACGGCAGAGCGCUUCUCUGGGUACACACAGAACGACGCCCACGAGUUCCUGAGCCAGUGUUUGGAUCAGCUGAAGGAGGAUGUGGAAAAAAUGAACAAGAGCUGGAAGAAUGAGCCCCACUCAUGGGAGGACCCCCAGGCAGUGAGGCCUGGCGAAGAGGUGGAUGCCUCUCGUGUUUACACCUGUCCCGUGGGUGCCAAUAUGGAGUUUGAAGUGCAGCACACUAUUACCUGUAAAGGGUGUGGGGAGGUCGUCACCAAGAGGGAGCAGUUCAACGACCUCUCCAUAGACCUGCCCCGGAGGAAGAAGACCAUGCCGCUGCGGUCCAUGCAGGACUCCCUGGAUCUCUUCUUCAGGAUGGAGGAAAUCGAGUACUCGUGCGAGAAGUGCUCUGGAAAAGCCGCCACUGUCACGCACAAGUUCAGCAAACUGCCCAGGGUGCUGAUCCUUCACCUGAAGCGGUACAGUUACAACGCUCAGCUGUCCCUCAACAGUAAGCUUGGCCAGCAGGUCCUGAUACCACGAUACCUCACCCUGCUGUCCCACUGCACAGAUGCCACACGGCCUCCCCUUGGCCUGGGCUGGAGUGCGCACACAGCCAUGUCUCGAACACUCAAGUCCUCUCAGUCUGUGAACUCCCCUUCCGUGUCACUGCGAAAAGGCCCAGUGAAGUCCAGCACUUGCAGCAGCUUCCUCUUAGACUCCGACAGCGAGGAGGAACUGACCCGAAAGACCGUGUGCCGGCGACGUAGGCUGAGUGAUUCUCUGGCUGACGAGGAGCGGACUGAGAAGGUUUCACGGGCCACGCAGCCGGAGUCUCUGGACUACAACGCCAUCAACGACGACGACAUGCUAGCGGCGGUGCUGGAGAUGAGCCGGCAGGACGCUGCGCUUUCCGGGCCUCCGGACGACGAGCCCACCAGCAGCCCAGACACGGGCUUCGGGGACACUGACGGCCAGGACCUAAGCCAUCGCCCGGAUCCCCUCGAUGCAGACAAGCCAUCCACAGGUACCAGGGUGGCAUCCCGGGGGUGGAUUGAUUGCUUUAUAUGUACACUUCUGGAACAGCAUGCCCCCCCCUUACUAAUGCUGAUUUUCCACUGCCACCAAGAAGUUAUAACCAGGCCAAACCGCAAAGAGAUUAGGGGUGGGACGAUACAGGUAACUCACGAUUAAAUUCUGUGGCGAUAUGUGGCCCACGAUAAUGAUAAUAUCACGAUUCGCAAUAUCUACGAUAUUCAAUAUAUUGGAAGAAAUUUCAUCAACGA